AUGACCGUCACACUUCAUUGUUUAGCAGACGUUUGUCUUAUACCAAUUGGUACCGGUUCCGCAUCAGUCUCUGACGAAGUAACAAUAAUCACCAAAUUGGCUCAGGAAUCCCAAUUAGACACUACGUUACAUUCAGCUGGAACAACAAUUGCUGGUCCUUGGAAUGAAGUUAUGGAUUUGAUUGGAACCAUGCAUGAAGUGCUACACAAGAGAGGUGUCGCUCGUAUUCAAAGUGAUAUUAGAGUAGGAACCAGAGUUGAUAAGCAUCAAACUCCUCAAGAUAAAAUUGAUGCUGUUCACAGGAAAUUGAAAGAUACAACAACCUAG